AUGGCUGUGGCUAUGGCUGCUUGUAGUCUUGGACUUCACCUCACUUCUGAUAAUAAUAACAAUUGCUUUGCCCCUAUCUUGAAAACCACUGCCAUGUAUGAUACUAAUAAACCAUGUUUCGUUCUUCAGAAAACAAGAUUAUCAUCUUCUGCUAUUACAAUCAUCCCACGAGCAACAGCUGUUUCUAAUGUUGAGGAUGGAAAUCAAAGUGUGGCUGAUACUGUCCCAACUCCUGUUGUUAUAAUUGAUCAAGACUCUGAUCCGGACGCAACUGUCGUCGAGAUUACCUUUGGUGAUCGCCUUGGCGCUCUUCUCGAUACUAUGAAUGCAUUGAAAAACUUGGGACUGAAUGUUGUUAAGGCAAAAGUGUAUCUUGAUUCUUCUGGCAAGCACAACAAGUUUUCAAUCACAAAAGCUGAUACAGGUAGGAAAGUGGAAGAUCCAGAGUUGUUAGAAGCAAUCCGUUUAACAAUCUUAAACAACAUGAUCACGUUUCACCCGGAAUCAAGUGAACAAUUGGCUCUAGGAGCGGCUUUUGGACUUGUGCCUCCAAAGGAACAGGUUGAUGUGGACAUAGCAACUCACUUAACAGUCACGGAUGACGGUCCAGAGAGAAGUUUGUUCUAUGUGGAGACAGCCGAUCGGCCUGGAUUAUUGGUUGAUCUUGUAAAGGGUAUUACUGACAUUAACAUUGCUGUUGAAUCUGGAGAAUUCGACACUGAGGGUCUGUUGGCUAAGGCAAAGUUUCAUGUCAGUUACAACGGUAAAGCUAUUAUCAAGCCUCUUCAGCAGGUUCUGGUUAACAGCUUGAGAUACUUCUUGACACGGCCUUCAACAGAGGAAUCCAGUUUUUGA